AUGCUUGGACGGAUCUUUUUGGACGAGCGUAUCGCGAGCCUCGGAUAUGCGGGCAUGCUUACCACAGUAGUUGGUGUUUUUCUGUGUGCAUUGGAGAGAGAAACAGACAAUGAAGAUCGUGCAGACAGAAUACCAGAUGGGGACGUGCUCUUCUCCGGCUACGCUCUUGCAUUUGUAAAUGUGUUCUUUGAUGCUAUGGGAGCCUUUCUCACAAAGAGGUGGGGUGGCCCCCCCUUAGACGCCUUGGACAUCACUGUCAUUCGCUUCGGUGCAGCCUCAGUCAUGCUGCUAGCAGUGUACUUGGUCAUGAAGGUGUCCGGCAUGGCAUCACAGAACGAGUCUUUGGAAGAUGCUGUCCUGCCAUACGAUGAAACGAAACCACUCCUGGAAUCUGGCAAGAGAGAAAGCCUGGUACCAGCAUCCCUCAUCGCUAUGACGCGGCGCGAGUGGUUUCUGGUUUCCAUGGGCGUGCUCCUCGUGACGUGUUGCAAUCCAGUCCUCUAUAAUUACGCGCUGUUUCAGAUUCCACUGGCAUUCGCCAUCACCCUCGCGAGCUUCGGACCCAUCUAUGCUAUUCCGCUCGUCUACCUGAUGAAAGGAGAAGCAGUCACGGCGCGGUCGGCAGUUGGGGCUCUCCUCGCUGUUGCCGGCGUGGUAAUGUUGGCCCGGUCGUGA